GCCCAGGAGUUUCGUCGCGAUAAGGACAGCAGGGUGAAGUGGGCGAAUGGCCCUUCUUACGGCCCUGGACGACGCGUCGAUGACGGCAAGCCUCGCCCUGCUCGUGUCUACCCCCACAUUAAGUGAGUUGCUGCCAGUUACCAACCGAACGGACGAGUGUUGACAAGCGCAGGUCGUCCUACCCUGGUCCAAUGAAGGCUCGAACCGCUCUGAACAAGGAAAUGGCCGUCGCCAGCGACGACUCGUCAGCGGACGAGGAAGUUGAGCACCCAUCUACAGCUCCUGCCCCAGACGCCGAGAUCGCCUACUCUUACGAUGCUGAGCGAGGACCGACCCACGGCAGCCAGAUCCUGAACGUUGCCCUCGAGAAAGCCAUCGAGCGAUACGAGAUCCGCGAGACAGACAAACUGAUCAAGAACGAGUACGAGGUGCUGGACGCUGACGGCGAGCUCCUGUCGCCAGCUUCAAAGAAGAGGCACGUUGCGCCCGAGGACGCCGAGUACGAGUUCGUCGACGCGUAACGCCUUUGGGGUCGCUACCCUGUCUCUACCCUUAUUUACGCUCACGUCGAAUUUGCAUACACCUGACCGGCGUUUCUCCUUGCAUUCCACUGGCUUCAGUGCCAUCUCUAUACCACUAGUCCGCCCUGUUUACUUGCAUUGUACGGUUUAUGGAUCAAUAGGUGAGCGUACGGCGCUUUCUGAGGACUUGAGCAGCCCUAUACCACGUUGGCUUGCUUCGAGUUUAUUGCUUUGUUAUUUGGUUAUGACAGAUUGGCUAUCGGAUCACUCCUGUCAUCCUGUCAGUAUUGGCUCGGUCCGAGCAUUCAGUACCAUGGUACAUCCUACUAGUCAGGAC